GCGACCGUCAAUCAAGGUCGUCGUGGGGCGUGGCGCGGCGGGGCGGGGCGGGGCGGUGCUUCCGCCUGAGCGAGGCAGCGCCGGGCCGCUCGGAGGCGCUCGGCAUAGUCGGGAACCCGCGCUAGGUGUCACCGGCCGCGCGGCCAGAUGAGGGGGGCGAUGGAGCUGGAGCCUGAGCUGCUGCUGCAGGAGGCCCGCGAAAACGUGGAGGCAGCGCAGAGCUACCGGCGGGAGCUGGGUCACCGGCUUGAGGGGCUGCGGGAGGCGCGGAGGCAGAUCAAAGAAAGUGCAUCACAGACAAGGGAUGUUCUCAAACAGCAUUUUAAUGAUUUAAAGGGAACCCUCGGAAAGCUCCUGGAUGAGCGAUUGGUGACCCUUUUGCAAGAGGUGGACACCAUUGAACAGGAGACCAUUAAACCACUAGAUGACUGCCAGAAGCUCAUAGAACACGGAGUCAACACUGCAGAGGACUUAGUCCGAGAAGGUGAGAUCGCCAUGCUUGGUGGUGUGGGAGAAGAGAAUGAGAAACUGUGGAGCUUUACCAAAAAGGCCUCGCACAUUCAGUUGGACAGCUUACCAGAAGUACCUUUACUGGUUGAUGUGCCUUGUUUAUCUGCUCAGUUGGAUGACUCAAUUCUUAACAUAGUGAAAGACCACAUUUUUAAGCAUGGAACAGUAGCAUCUCGCCCACCAGUACAGAUAGAAGAACUAAUAGAGAAACCUGGAGGCAUCAUUGUUCGAUGGUGUAAGGUGGAUGAUGACUUUACAGCCCAAGAUUACAGGCUCCAGUUUCGUAAAUGUACUUCAAAUCAUUUUGAGGAUGUAUAUGUAGGUUCUGAAACUGAAUUCAUAGUAUUGCACAUAGACCCCAACGUUGAUUACCAGUUCAGAGUCUGCGCCCGAGGAGAUGGCCGACAGGAGUGGAGUCCUUGGAGUGUCCCCCAGAUAGGUCAUUCCACAUUGGUGCCUCAUGAGUGGACAGCUGGUUUUGAGGGGUACAGUCUGAGCAGUCGAAGAAAUAUAGCACUCCGGAACGAUUCUGAAUCAUCGGGUGUUCUCUACUCCAGAGCUCCGACUUAUUUCUGUGGGCAGACAUUAACAUUCAGAGUUGAAACUGUGGGACAACCAGACAGAAGAGACAGCAUAGGAGUGUGUGCAGAAAAACAGGAUGGAUAUGACUCCCUGCAGCGGGAUCAAGCUGUGUGCAUUAGUACAAAUGGUGCAGUUUUUGUCAAUGGAAAAGAAAUGACAAAUCAGUUACCCGCAGUUACUUCUGGGUCCACUGUCACGUUUGACAUUGAAGCUGUGACUCUAGGAACCACCAGUAAUAAUGAAGGUGGACACUUCAAGCUUCGAGUAACUAUAAGUUCAAAUAACAGAGAAGUGGUUUUUGACUGGUUACUUGAUCAGUCUUGUGGUUCUCUUUACUUUGGAUGCUCAUUUUUCUAUCCUGGAUGGAAAGUGUUAGUGUUUUAGAUGUUUGGGUGCUUGGCUUUGGUUUUCAAGGUCUAACGUAGCUGUCCUCAGCCCAGCAUAGUUGUAAUUGCUUUAAAAAAAAAGUUGAAUUCAUCUCUAACUUAGGCCAUUGGACAUGGAAAGUGUUUACUGGAUUCAUUUUGUAAUAUUUUAGCAAAAAGAGACUUGAAUGUUGUGGAUAAAAUCAUAUAAUUCAGUCAAUUUUAUUUCUAGCAUACUGUUAAAUAUCACAUCACAAUAAAAAUCAAAUUGGCAUUAAAAGUAUGAGAAGAUAUAGAAAGUUCUAUACCCUUCCACUGUACUUCUUUUUUUUUUUUUUUUUUUGAGACAGAGUCUCGCUCUGUCGCCCAGGCUGGAGUGCAGUGGCACAAUCUCGGCUCACUGCAAGCUCCGCCUCCCGGGUUCACGCCAUUCUCCUGCCUCAGCCUCCCGAGUAGCUGGGACUACAGGCGCCCGCCACCAUGCCCAGCUAAUUUUUUGUAUUUUUAGUAGAGACGGGGUUUCACUGUGUUAGCCAGGAUGGUCUCAAUCUCCUGACCUCGUGAUCCGCCCGCCUCUGCCUUCCAAAGUGCUGGGAUUACAGGCGUGAGCCACCAUGCCCGGCCCACUGUGCUUCUUAAAGUUGGUUAUUAGACCAGGAAAACUUAAUGUGAUAUUAUUUUUAAAAUCAUCAUAAAGGAUCCAAGUCCAUGUAACUCUUUAGAAUAAAACAAGAGGAAUAGAUCAGAUAGAAGAAGCUGUGUAAUGUAUUAUAACAUCUGCUCAUGUGCUGUCCACAUGAAUGGGUUGACUGUGCUCUCCAUGUUCAGGUAUUUGUAAGCAGUGUUGACUUUUAUCCCAUCUUCAGUAAUCUUUAAGUCCCCAAAACAUUAUAAUUUUUUCUUUUUUUUUUUUGAGACAGAGUCUUGCUGUUGUCACCCAGGCUGGAGUGCAGUGGUGUGAUCUCAGUUCACUGCAACCUCUGCCUCCCAGGUUCAAGCGAUCCUCCUGCCUCAGCCUCCUGAGUAGCUGGGAUUACAGGUGUCUGCCACCACACCUGGCUAAUUUUUGUAUUUUUAGUAGAGACGAGGUUUCACCAUGUUGGCCAGGCUGGUCUUGAAAUCCUGACCUCAGGUGUUCCACCCACCUCAGCCUCCCAAAGUGCUAGGAUUACAGGCAUGAGCCACUGCACUGGGCCAAUUUUUGUAUUUUUUAAAAUGCUUGACCAAGUGUCUGUAAUAGGCAAGUAGUACCUUUUGUUCUUUCAUUGCAGUUUGAUUCAGUAUAGGCUACAGUAUUUUUACAGGGUAAAACUACUUAUGGAAGUAGUAUGCACAGCAGUGUUAGCCAUUUCAUAUGUAUGUAAUAUGCACGUGUGUAUCCAACCUGCCUGUGACAUGCAUUUUACUCUUUGCAGAGAAUGAGCUGCAGUCCAGUUUAAUGUCAGUUUGAUAAGUGGUCUUUUUUUAGCAGACCAAAAAAAUAUAGGGUAAAUACUUAACCUAUUUUUUUUAAACUUAAAUUUGUGUGUAAAAUAUUUAUUUGAAGGACUUUAAUAUGUAAAAAUAAUUGUCUUGCUAUGCCAGCCUACAGAUUUUAUUUUAAUGUGAAUUAUUUUUUUCAUUUUUAUCAGUAGUAAAAAAGUAGAAAAGCAAGUAUGAUAUUUUUGUAAGAUAAUUUAUUUGGGGAUUCAUGUUCCCUGUUAGACAAUCAUGACUUUUUCUACUUUUUUUAUGUAUAAGUAGUAGAUUUCUACUUGUCUUUUUAUGUAUAAGUAGUAGAUUUCCACUUGUUUAGGGAUUAAGAAGAUGUUCUAGAAUGUAGAUACCUUGUCCAGCCAUCGGAGUCAAAAUAAAAAACUAAAAAAGUUCA